GAGCGGGCGAGCGAGCGGGCGGGCGAAGCAAAAUCAAGACUUUCCUUGAGGCAGAAAAUAAGAGGGAAAGAACCAAGUGGAGGGGAGGAUAAACUGAUGGAGGAGAUAAAGAAGCGAAAGCUGGAGGAAUUGGGCAACGGAAAAUUCGAUCUGAAUUUAUCACAACCCACUUCGCUGACUUUAUCUCUGUCUUCCUCUUCAUCUGCAUCACUAGAAGAGCUGCGCACGCUGCUUGAACCUCUAGCCAAGCCUCAACUGACUGACCUCCUAGUCAAACUAGGGUUCCAAUAUCCUUUUAUUGCUGAAGAAAUUAGAAGUGUUGCAAGAGCAGAUCCAGCCCUUCGAAAGCUUUUUGUUCGUGGUUUAUCCUGGAAUACUACUUCAGAGACCUUGUGUGCUGCAUUUGAAGAGCAUGGGGAAAUUGAAGAGGGUGCUGUGAUAGCUGACAAAGCUACAGGAAAAUCACGUGGCUAUGGUUUCAUCACAUACAAAGACAUGGAGUCAGCUCAGAGAGCUUUAAAAGCACCAAGCAAAAUUAUUGAUGGUCGCAUGGCUGUCUGUAACCUAGCCUGUGAGGGCUUGAGCAGCUCCAGCACUACACCUGAUCAGGCCCAGAGAAAGCUCUAUAUUGGUAGUUUGUCACCGGAAACUACCAGUGAAUUGCUACUGAGCUUCUUUGCAAAGCACGGUGAGAUAGAAGAAGGUUCAGUGGCAUAUGACAAGGAAACAAACAGAUCACGUGGUUUUGGCUUUGUUACUUUCAAAACUGUGGAAGCUGCAAAGAGAGCUAUAGAUGAUCCACAAAAGAUGCUUGGGGGAAGAAAUAUAACUGUGAAGCUUGCUGAUAACCACAAAGGCAAAGUUAUGCACACACAGUUACCAUCACCAAUUGUUCCAGUACCAGUUGGUUUGGCUUCUGCAUACCCUCCCCCUCAUAAUGUUCAUUCUGGCUCUGGAAAUCCGGUUGGAUAUGCUUAUCCUCAACCAUUGGCAGCAUAUCCUGGUACUGCAUACUCAAGUCCACCUGUAGUAGGAGCUGGUGCAUACCCAGGCCAACCACAGACUUCGUAUCCCCAGUUUGGUCAUAAGAAAGAUCCUCCAACUCCACCUUCAGCACUAGGAGGGUACCCGUAUUACAUGCCAAAGCAAUGAUUAUAACCUCAUUGUUCUCAGGAGCUUAGGUUAUUGCAUUUGAGAAAGGAGCAAACUUGGAUGAGGAUAUGCAAAUUAAAUGUUUUAUUGUUGCAGCACCUAAUUAUUGUAAUGGACAAAUUUUUUGUAGUUGUAGAUGUUAUAAGGAUGCCAUGUUACAGGUGGCAGAUUUAAUCUCUGUAUCUAUCUUAGCUUGAUAAAGACGUAGCUGUCCUUGGUUUUGUCUGAUUUUCUUCCUCCAAUACAACUCGAUUUGUUUUGUCUGCU